AUGGUGCGAGUUCUUUUGUUUCACUACUUUAAAUCUCAAAGAGUUUUCUUCGAUUCCUUCCAACCAACAUCCAUCACUUCUACAAAAGACUAUCUGUUUCUUGCAACGGGAGAAAUGAAAGUGCUGGUUUACUCGCUCGAGCUGCCGAAUUUCCCUCUGUUUUGCCAGUUUCCUACCAUUUCUAAACCUGUCAAUUUGAUCUGCAACGAGAGAGCAAAAUGCGUUGUGACUAUCGAAAAGAAAACGGAGAGACGAAGAUCACGUCGAAGUGCGUCGACUCAUUCCCGAGCGUACUUCAACUGGUUCAAAGCUAAUCUAGAAGAACCCGUACGCACGUAUGUGGCAGGGCAUUCUCUAAAGCAAAGCCAGGAGGCUGAGGAAGCUGCAAAGGCAUUUCUUGCCCUAGAAAUCCCAACUCAAUUUAAUGUUAGUGAUAUUUGUUGUUGUCCUACAAGCGGUAAUGUUGCUAUUGCUGGUGAGACCAGGGUCAGCUUGUUUAGGUGGAACAGAUAUCCGCAAUCUGACGGAUCCAAUACUGGUACAUUAUCACGUGACCUAGAACACUUCUUAGAUAUUGAGCCAAGUAUGUCUAUAAAAGGCCUGGCAUUGAGCGAUUCAUAUUUAGCCCUAAGAUCAAAUUUAGAUGUGCAAGUCCUCAAGUUGGUUUUCAUGUUGGAGCGAGAGUCCAUUCCCCCAAGUGGAAGAGGAAAGCUGUCCAGCCACAGUGCAACUUUGCAAAAUAGGUAUGCCUUAAAACAGCAGUCUGUCACCUUCCUGCUCCCCUCCCCACCUUGACACACACUUUUGCUUUCAACAAGCUGCCUAUCUUGAGAUCAGGUGACUAGUUGUUUGAGCCAUGAAAUAAAAAUUCUCUCUCCCACCCCACCCUCUCGAUGAAGAGGUAGCACUAAAAAACCCUGCACCUAAUAAGCCUUGCAUGCUACACCUCCUACAACCUUUUAAUUUACAUGUAAAUUUGAACCUCCAGUAAGUCACCACUAAAAGUGUCAAAAAUGGUAGUUGAUUAUAAGAGGUUGUUUACUACUAGAGGCUACAGUCCUAAUGGAUCAUAAUGCUUUGACUGGGAAAACUGGAAAAUGGUAGGGAUCAAACCAGCAGGAGUCUAUUUUGAGGAGGUGUUCUUUUAGCGGCCUGCCAGUAAGAGGGAAUUGACUGUAGAUCAUUAUAAUUUAUGGAUUGAACUAUUUCCUUGUUGACAGGGCAACAACAUCUGGGCAUGUAGAUCAAACCCAGGACUAUAAUCAAACUAAUGAUGACAACUGUACGUUGUGGUCUUUUGAUGAUUGUUCACUAUUAUCCCUUUCAUCUAAACAACCCUCUGUGAAGUCACCAGAUCAGGAUUUUAUGUUUCCAACCAUAAGAAAGGAAAAGGUGUUUAAAGACUGCUUACCAGAAUGUAAAGAAGUACUGGGGCCAGUUUCAGAUGUACCUGGACACCCUGUGACUGUGGUAUUUGGUGGACUCUUUGGUAUUGGUAUUGCUGUGGAUAGACCCAUGUUAAAGGUGAAAGGAGUAACCAUGCUGUAUCGACGCUUCAGAGCUGAGCAGCUAAGCAAUGAUGGCAAUGAUGCAGCAACUCUUCACACCUUGCAGCUUCUACCAACGUAUACACAAGGUGAGUUUUGUCUUUUUGUACUUUGGCAGGGCUUUCAAUGGAGGUCAACUCUCCAAAGAAAAUCCCUCACCAUUUUUCUCUUUUGUACACUUAUGCUACUUCUUUGAAACUUCUAAGAGAGUAAGAUGUCAUUGUCUGGGUUAGUGUAGACCUGAGCGGGACUGUUGAUGACAGUGAGUUAACAUUUUGACAACCUGUGCAGGUGUUAUGUCAGUGGUAUUAAACUCUGAAUGAGCAGAGUCAAAUACCAUCUGCUGACAAAUCAGAAGUGGCUUUGAGUGACAAUGACUGACUUUUGCACAGGUUGUCCCAAUAUCAGUCAGUGUCAUCAACAGUCCUAUCAACUCCUUAUGACAUGAUUCCCCCCGGGGGGAAGGGGUACUCCCUUAUAUAAGCCAAUGGACAUGUGCCAGUUUAAAGGGUAGGGUUUUUGCACCCUUUUGGUCUGAUAACGAGCAUAGACUUUGCCCCUUUUGUUCUGGAAUUGGGUAUGGUUUUCGAGGGAACUGCACCUACACCUAUCCUGUAGUCAUGGUGACCAUUGGGGCGCCAUGGACAUAACAACCCUUUCCCUCCAUUUGAUUUUGUUUUCAGCUUCUCUUAGGGCAUUGCAAAACUUCAACCCUGUCCACUCAGAGACAUUAUUCUCCCAAUGCCUCCUUUGUUGGCCCCUUCUUCUCCCUCCUUGCACUGUUCCUUGAACUAUGACAGAACUACAAGAGUGUAUGUAUCAUCAUGAUACCGUUUAAAUUUCAAAUGAAUAAGAAAGAAAGAGAAAUAUGCAAAUUCAAAAUUGGUUUCAAGAAAUCUAUUUUGUUGGCAUUUUAAUUUACAUGUAUUACUAAGUAAUGACAACAAUUUCUUAGAGCCCAGGUCCGAAAUUUGUAUGGAGGUUAGAGGCCAGGUCUGAAAACAGGUGUGAAAAAUGACAUUUUUGGGACUGAAAUAGGGUCAUGAUUUGGAGAACCAGGUGGCACACCCCCACCAAGAAUUCCCAGGAGUACUAGUACUACUUACUACAUUUUUUAUAUGUUAUUUAAAAAUCUGCAAUUCAGUACGAUACAGCUGUAUGUGUUUGAUGAUGCACCUUGACAAAAUGCAUGAGACUCUUAGAAUGGCGAAGCUAAAGUUUGUAUUUUAAUAUUAUUUUUCAGGGGUUCCUCAUAUAAAGGAAAUGCAGAAAUCUCCACUGGUAUCAAAAAGUCCUUCAGAUCCCACACUGUGUGGGAUGUGUUGCCUCAUCUCAGGACCUAAAGAAGGAUUUCUGUAUGAUGUUUUUGGCUCCUGUAAGCUGCUCUCUUAUUACAAGUAUACAUGCGAUACAAUCAGUGUGUCAACGUGCAGUGGUCUGCUACAUGCAAUAACCCGACAGGGAAUUGAGACGUACACUGUGAGGAUGUAUGCUGCGGCUUCUGAUUGGGUUAGAGGAAAUGUAGUUGUUGACGUUAAACUUGAUCAACGGCACAGCUCUGUAGAGCAGUUGGAAGUCACAGUUAACAUGAUGAAAAGGAUUGAAGAAAACUGUCAAGACUUGCGAGGUAAAAGUGAUGUGGAGUUUUUAGUGGGUAGCUGUGAUGAGACUACAUUAAACACCAGCUCUGUUGCUGUUUUCCCAAAAAGUGUUGAAUCAACAAGAGUGGUGUGUAAGACAAAUGGACAUGUAGACCAAGAGGAACCUCAGAAUACUGCUGCCAUCAGCGUAACUGAUCUAUCCUCUUCAGCAAGUGACUCAAACACCAGCUCUGUUGCAGUCUCCUCCAAAAUUGUUGAACCAACAAGAUGUGUAGUUUGCAAAACAAAUGGACAUAUUGACCAAGAGGAAGAACAAAAUACUGCCGCAGACAUUUUAAAUAAUGAUCUACCCUUAUCAGCGAGUGACUCAAACAUCAGCUCUGUUGCCAUCUCCUCCAAAAGGGUUGAAGAAACAAGUGUAGUUUGCAAGACAAAUGGACAUGUUGAGCAAGAGGAACCUCAAAGUACUGCCACAAACAUUGUAACUGAUGAUCUACCCUCAUCAGCAAGUCACUCAAACGCCAGCUUUGUCGCUGUCUUCCCGAAAAGUGUUGAACCAACAAGUCUAUCAUGCAAGACAGGUGAACGUGUUGAGCUAGAGGAAAAUGAAAAAACUGCCACAAGCACUGUUAAUGAUGAUCUACCCUUAUCAGAAAGUGACUCUAAUGUUUCAGACUUUGAGUCUGUAGAUUCAACUUCUUGUAACAACUCAAAACCACCUGGAACAGAAAUUUCUAGAGAGAUGUUGCCAAGCAAUAGUGAAUGUGAACCAUCGCCUUCAGAUGUCACACUUACUGUUGACAACUCAGGAAGAACGCUUGUUAGAUUCACUUCAAGAAGCAGGACCCCAUCGCCUGCUUUAGCAAUGAAAGAGGGUCAAAAUGACAGUGAAAGUAGUACAGAGAAUGAGACAGUUCAGAGCACAAGAACAUUUGCUUCAGCGAGCUUGGGUCUCAGCGGUAGUUCUGGUACUAAACUGAGUGAAACAGCUUAUUUUGCUGCUAUAAAUAAACUUACCAAUGAUAGUGGAUGGACUUUGCCAGUUUUUGAUCUAGAGAGUUUGCGAAAGGUAGGUUAAUAUGUAGUGUUUGGAUACAGGGCUGCACUCUAGCAGUCUCCAGGGCCCCUGGUACUUUACUUUUGCUCUUGGGUGACUAGGAAAUCUUAAGCUUUUUUUAUAGAAAAAUGCUAUGCUGGGCACCCUGGAUUUCAUAUGUUCAGAGCAGGGGGCUCCCUUCAAUUUUCCUCUAGGUUUUGUGAAUUGACAAUUUGACCCCAUGAUCUUGGUGCAUUUGUGAUGAGACUCAUAGUAUCUUUCUUGUGACCAUAUUUCUGCCUCUGAGCCUUUUACGUUUGCUAUCAAUGUCUAAGAUUUUUAAACAAAGGUCUUGAUGUCUUGGCAAGUCUCUUAUUUUACCAUUUUCUCUUCAUCAUUGCUGCAUGGUCCAUCUGUUCAUGUUAAUAGUAUUGUCAAGGAUUGGUUUGAGUUCACACAUUCAAUUUUUACAAUCCACACUGAAAUAAGGACUAGAAUUACCUGUAUUUUAAUCGAGGUGAACAGAGGGAGAACAACUUUUGUUCUGAACUUUCAGAAGGGUCUUUAUGAGGGUUUUGCAGGGGGAUUCUUCUGAUUAAGCUCGUCUGUUUUAUAAUUUUUUCUACAGCGAUGCCCUCCAUCAUCUCUUGACAUCUGUUUGAUUGGCAUGUACCCAUUUGCUGGAUCUCAGUAUGUGUUGGCUACUGGAGAACGUGUUGUGCUGUUGACAAGAGCUUCACACGAUGCCUUGCAAAGAAGCAAAAGGUGAUAAGUGGUAAAACAUGUUUUUUUAGGACAAUAAGGUUCUACAAGAGCUUGAAUUCCAGCUUGUCCUUUGGGCAAGCAGCUCUCUCAUUUUGCUUGCUCGGGGCCACUUCUUGCUUGUCUAAGCUAGUUACUGAGAACUUGCCGGGACCCUUGCUCAUUGGGUUUCAAGUAAGCUGUAAAAGUUACUUGCCCAGCAAGAAAAUCCACUUGUCCCAGUGCCUUGACGGGAUGUAUUUUUUGAGCCCUGGACAAGUUAAUUCAAAAAAUAGGAGACAUGGUGCAGAGGAUUUCAUAUAAAAUAGCAUGAAGAAUACAACCCUGUUAGUAUAAGAGCUCAAGAUGUUAAAGCCUGCAAGCAAGCUCUGCAUCUGGGGAAGUUGUGAGAAGUCAUGCUUGAGUGGCACAGAAAAGGGCAGGAAAAGAAAAGGAAUAGUUUGCCCUCAUGUGUUCUCUUGUGGCUCUGUUCUUUCACCAGAAAUAAAGCGUUUGCUCACAGACUGAAAAUGUUAACACUUUUUGCCUUACUCUCCUGUUUCUUGAAUUUUCAAGUUUUAGAAAUAGACCACCAAAGCCUCAACAGGAACAAGGAGACAGCAGUAAACCAGACUGGACAGUAUAUGUUUUGCAGAACAUGGAAUCAACCCAACUUUACAAAGCUGUGGUAUGUGGUGUGCUUGAAGAUGUUUCGAUGUUUUGUCCACAUUACAUGUGGAAACAAAUGACUUGCCCCUUGUGAGGUUAUCCGGAUUCUGGAAUCAGGGAAAUUUUUGCUUGUGGAAUACGAAAUUUUGGGCUUUCAAAUCUGUAAUCUACAUUAACUCGAGGAAUCUGGAGUCCUGCAUUAGAAGGAAUCUGGAAUGUAGUACCUAGAUUCUGGAAUCCACAGUGUAGGACUGCCUUAGAUUACCUUGUAUGGGGUGAAAUGAUGUUGAUGAUACUUUUCACAUUUUACAGAUGCCAUUAGCAAGUCGAUGUCAGAAGCACAAUGCACAGGCAUACCAACAUCUUGUUUGUGAGCAGCACAUGUUUCUAAGAAACCUUUGUUUGGCUAGUGUGACGGGCCAAGAGGACAAAAAGACAAAGAAAGUGCAGAAAUUGCUCUGUGAGUCUGCUGCAAAUCUGGCCGAUUUAUAUGCAAGGUAAGUGUAAAUGUUAUACUGUAGUUCAAAAUUAAAUUCAGGUUAAAAUGUUUUAACCCUGGUUGAUUUUCAAUUUCCUUUGUCUCUGAACCCCAACUAUUGAUAAAUUAGAGCUAGGAGUACCCAUGGGUGCCAGAGACUUUUCAUGCAUGGUGUCUGGUUUUGGUCAAGUCUGUGUAGUGACCAGUGCUAAAGCAUUUCGCCUGGCCUCGACACUCAUUGCUUCAUCCUUUGACCAAAGAUCUGUCAGCAGAAUCCAGCCGCACUAGAGAAAGAAACCUCUGGUACACAGGUUAGGCUAGGAGACGAAGAAAAUUGAGAAUCAACCAAAGGUAAAAAUUUAAUUCUUACCUAAAACUUAAACAUUAAAUCCACCCAUAGCUAAUCUUGCUACAGCUGUAUACAUGUAUGAAGCAUUAGACAGUCUUUUAAAAAUGGAUAACAUUUGGCAGUGUGUGUCAGUCCCAACAUGACAUGCACCUUUAAUGCCCGAAAGUUUUUGUUUUUGUUUUCAGGAUACCCAGUGUCUACCAAGAUAGUGCAGAUUACUUCAACAUGACUGGCCUCUCGCUGCGAGACAUUGUCAACAGGGCGUACCAUAAGUCUGGCCAGACGACUGUGGCUGAGGGUUUAAUCCACUUCCUGGAUGAAAAACUGCUGGGGUUCGAUGAACCUGUUCCUGUAUCUGAGGUAAGAUGCCGAGUUUUACAUGUAUCUGAGGUUUACGAAUGAUUUUGCUACAAAGCAAAAGAUUUGACAUGCAGACGUAAUGAAAUUUCGGCGGCACUGCAGAACUUUAAAGAAGAGGAGUAGUUACGUCACGUUGUCAUGGUAGCAAAAUUUCUGGAUCACAGAUCCCAGAUCCAGAAAUUUUGCUACCAUGGUAACGUGACGUCACACUUCUCCUCUUGGUGACCCUCUAGUACUGGGUGCCCAGAAAAGGGCUAAUUGGUCUUGCGUAAUAUUUUUUAGGAGCAACAAAGUUAUGGGUUACAGCUGUUUAAAGAAAUCUCUUAGACUUCUUUCAUUCUUUUUUCAGAAUACAGCCAAGAAAAUCUUCAAGUUGUAUUCAAAAGGGAAACCUGAACGUGUUGCAGAGAUAAUUCUAGUGUCAUCUCUUAGUGGCUUUUCCUCAGGUAUGGUUCGAUAAGUCCAGCUAUACGAACGCAGACCUAUUUCCGGUCGUCACUUCUCGAAGACCGGAAAUACGUCCAGGCCAGAUCUGUCCAGCUCGGAACUAAAGAACGCUUUUCAAUUUCUAACUUUUGAUAGCAUUUCAAUGAUUCUUCUCUGUUGUUAACGUUUUGUUUCUGUUAAGACACCGCAUUAUCUGCGCUGGAAGAUCUGAAGAAGGCGAAAUUCGCUGAUGGAGGUGUGUACAGGUUAGUGAAUGUUGUUUAGUUGGUUAUUUGUCUAUUUAUGUGUUCCAUUUCUUUGGAAACAGAUUUUGAUUUGAGCUAUUUUGUUUUAGCCUUUCUCCACUGGAUAACCUUGUGCGAGCAGUUUUAUAUCUUCAUCAAUGUGAACCUGAUCACGCGCAGGCAGCCCUGUUUUCCAUCCCUAAGGUACCUGUAAUAUUUUGCUCUAAUUUCUUUUUUUUAACAGAUCCAAGUACAGUCAAAGUUCUCGUGAGCAGUUCAUUAAAAUGGUUCAGCUGUAGCAUUUAGCUUGUCACCAGGUGCUUUCGUGGGAAAAAGAGCGAACAACGGAGCGAGCGCGAUGAAAGAGGCGAAUCGAGCGGGGGAUUGAGGACGCGGCUGUGGCGAAAAUCAUGCGACAUUUUUCUGGCGUUUGGCUGUUAAAAAAGUUUUUUUCGCGUUGGUUUGACACUUUCCCUUAAAAAACCUGUAUUUAACUACCCGUGUGUGAUUAUGUAAGAUUUUGCCGUCUAGUUCUUGGGGCUCUACAAAACUGCUUGCAGUUAAUAAGUCAUGACAUUUUUUUCAUGCAGAAAAAGCUUGUGGAAGUCCUGACUACACAUUAUUACCUGUUACACGAGGAUGGAACUCAUUUUACACCGCUGGCACAGGUGUGUAGUAUUAUUUCAAUCAUCAUGUGUCCGCUUUAAAGUAUUGGGAACGUCAAAUGAUGGUUAAUUUUUAACAUGAGCUGGAGUGUGACUAUUGCCUUAAAUCUUGUGUUCCUGGCCAUGACUAGCGAGAAAAGACAAAGGGAAACUUGGAGGGAUUUGUCGCUGCGGUAAUUAGGGACUUUUUAACAGGUAGCAAAAAAACUACGAAAAUCCAAAAAUGACGGUCAUUGGUGACCAACCCAAGCAACACAAAAACGGCCAAAAAGAUUACAAACGACCAAAAAAAAUGACCAAAAGACGAACAAAACGACCAGAACGACAAUAAUACAAAACUAUCAAAAGGAGCAAACAAAGAUCACAAUUAACGAAACUGACAAAAAUGAGCACAACGACCAUUGAAAGAGCCUUCAGAGUCGUUGCACUUGACGCGCGGGAAAACCCUCCCCUUUUUUCCACAACCCUCUUCUCAUAUCAGUAAUUUCUUCAACCGCAAAGGGUAAUAAUCGUUUUUGUUGUUUAUUAAACGUUGUUGCUUUUUUCAGCUUUUAAGAAAGCAUCAACCGGCGGUUUUCUUGCAAGGUCUUCUUCAGCUUCAUGACAAAUACAUCCUGUCGCUGGACACUCUUCUAACCUUGCUAGGGGUAAGAUCAAAACUUUGAUGCAAACUAACCCUUAAACUGCAAAUCUUUUUUUUUUUAAUCUGGAAAAAUAAUACCAUGUGAAAUAACUUGAUGCACAGAUUUCGUCUGAAUGGUUAAAGUAUGGCAUACUUUAAGGCUUUACUCUACCGAUUAAUAAGACAGAUCCACUUUGCCAAACAUUUUUAGCGGAAGGUCCUGCUUAGCACAUAAGUAUUUCAUCAAUAGACCUAAAAGUUUGUAUUACAGUAAAAAUUCUAACCUGCAUAAUUGCUUUGAGAUUAAAGUUUUUCAUCCAAAAAUGCCUUUGGUGUGUUUCCCAGUCGAGGCACAAAAAUGUAUUCCGCGACCUGCUCAGCCUGAAGUCCAAAAACGCGCGAAAUAUAAAAACCGGAAGCCAAUUCCCACUUGCACAGAGGGCAAUUUUUGGAAAUUCAGUAUGGAAGGAAAAAGAGUAACGACCCUUUCACGGUUUUUUCGACUUUUAACAUGGAUAAUUUAGGGAAAAUUCGUCAACUCUGCUAGAAAGAGCGCCUUUAAAUGAGAAAAUUUGCCAAGUUUGAAAGUGACUAGUUAAAAACAGACGUUUGUUUGGUGGGGGGCACGAACUUGCCGCCUACCGUAUUGUCUGUAAAUUUUCGAAACUUUGAAGAGUUAUAUCUUCGCUCACUUAAAACGUAUCACUUUCAAACUUAGCAAUUUUACUAAUUUCAAGGCGCUCUUUCCAUUGGUGUCGGCGGAUUUUCCCUAACUGGUUCAUGUCAAAAGUUGAAAAAAGCCGUGAAAGGGUCUAUUGAGCUAUGGGAGAGACGAUUAAUUACUCCAAUGCCUCGGUUGAAUUUAUUUAUUGUAAAGAAAUUAGCGUAUCUUGCUGCAGUUUGGCUAUAAAACUGAUCUGUGUGUUGGUCAUCUAUUGAGCUAUCGGGGAGAAGAUUAAUUACUCCAAUGCCUCGGAUGAAUUUAUUCACUUGUAAAGAAAAGCGUAUCUUGCCGCAGGUUGGUUGUAAAACUGAUCUAUGUGUUGAUCAUCUAUGAAGUGCGACCAGUCUUAUUUUAUUUAUGCUCUUACCUUCCAGGCUAGUAGACCAGAUGCUCAUCAGAAUGAACUUGCCAUUGGAUUUAUGGAAGCUGUGCUUAAUGGUUUGUGUGUAAUUAAAAGAACGUAUAAAUUAUCAUCCAUUUACACUGUUUAGAGGAAAGGAUUGUUUCACCCAACUGAGUUUGGUUGUUCAUAGAAAUAAACGUAUUUGAGUUUUUUUUACGUUAUUUUUUGUUUCAGAUAAAGGCAGAGGUGACUCGUUUGCUGCAACUGUGGUAAUUAAGUUUUUUCAUCCUUAGGACAUGUGUUUUUACGUCAACUAAACCUAUUUAAAGAAGCCAUUAUCCCCCCAGGAAGCAGUCUGCCGCUCAACUGAGUUUUAUCGUUUGGCUAAUUUAGAAUGAUUCCCAGUGUUGUUAGACCAAAACCAAACCUAGACUUUUGAACCAAUCACAAUACGCAGACAGUCAAUUGAACCGAUCACGGUAGACGCAAAUUCUCAACGAAACCAAUCACAAUAGUCGCAGAAAUUGAAUUACACUAACUGAAUCUAUCAGGACGGAAUUACAUGUAGCCGGUGCUAACCACGACCACACCUGGGUAAGCUUUUGACUGUUAUAGCGAGUACAAGAGUAUGCAACGUGUAUCAACAAACACCACUGAAUUGUAGUCAACAGCUACUGGCGUCGUACAAACGACUUAUUGUUGGAAUCAAGUAAAACUAACUACGAGAGAUCCACUGGACAACUGACAAUUUGACUAGACUAACAAUGAACUACUGUUUAACUGUGACAAUAGUCUGAUCGAAACGCACCAAUGACCUUACGAGUCUUCACAGCAAUAACAUCACGGCUUUACUGGCAGACGAUCAAUAACAUCGCGAAGUAAUUGACCAAACAGGUCAAUAACCAGAGUUUAAUACCAUCAACUGAGGUGAUACAAUUCACUUUGACUCUCAAGGUGACUACCGCACAGGUUGUCAAAACGUCAGUCACUGAAAACAACAACAGUCCUAUUCAGGACUACGUUCACCCGGACGAUCAUACUCAACCCACUUAUGCGUAUCAACAAGUUGCGAAUGGUCUCAGUUACUUCGGAUUGGUUGAGUUAAUGGCACAAUAUUUUAGCCAGCCACAAUAAGAAAUAUAGAAUAGGUACGUUCGUCCGUCGGUUGCCGCUUAACCUUGGGUUUUUCAUUCUUUAUAGAUUCCAUUAUGUAGUGUAUAUCUAGAGAGAAUCAGGAGCCACAGAAGAAAGCGCCAGUCCACCUCAUCACAUCAACAUGUGGUCAGUUUUUAGUUUUGACAGUUCUUUAGUGUAUUUUUUCUACACGUAAUUAUUAUUGCCUUUGUCGUCAUCAUCGUCAACAUCAUCAUCAUCAUCAUCGUCAUUUUCAUCGUCAUCAUCAUCGUCAUUAUCAUCAUCAUCAUUAUCGUCAUCGUCAUCGUCAUCGUCAUCGUCAUCAUCAUCAUCAUCAUCAUCAUCAUCGUCAUCAUCAACAAGGUCAACAUUUAUUUCCAUCCGCCAAACUGACGUUGACAGAUCAAUGAUUCGUACACAAAGUAAGGGUUAGGGUUAGGUUUAGAUUAGGGUUAGGGUUAGGGUUGUUGCUAUAAAUAUUCAAAUCAAACCAAUCAUUGUUAGCAAAUCUUUGGUGGUUUAGGGGUUACAAUGAUGCACUGAGCGGCCGAUGCUCCGAGAUCGAAUCCUACUCGUACUUUCCUGAAUUUUUUUUUCCUUAAAAAUUGAAGAGACUUGGACUUUUAUGAACAGAAAUUUCAAGAGACAGAGAAAUUUCAUGUAAGAAAAGUGAAAUGUCUUGUGAGAGCCACUGAGAGGAAAAUGUCAGUUUGGCGGAUGGAAACAAGUGACGACCCAUCAACAGCAACGACAACCAAAAACACCAUUCUUUGGGAUGGCGUAUUCUCUCUCCUUGGCUCCUCACAGUAUCCUGUUCACUCUAUUCUUCUUUUCUUAUCCAUGCUCGCUUUUGUUCUUUGCUAUUUACAGUGUACAACGUACUAAUCGGUUCCUGCAGUGUAUUAAUGACUUGAGUGAUCUUGGUUUAUACUUAUUUGAUAGUAGUGUGUGUCUCUUUUGAUCUUCUCUUCUUCUCUUGUAUUAAGCAUUUCACAUUACCUUAAACUGCAAAGUAACAGGGACUCGUUCUUUGUCACAUAAAACGGCAACUUAUAACUUACGCCGUCUUGAAUUUCUUUUUUUUAGCCUAAAGGAGAAGGUCACUUUGGUGCGCGUCACUUAUGGCUAAACAAGGUGUCACCUUUUCAGGGUAAGACGUAACUGCAGCUUGGAGCAGAAACUUUGUUUUGUAGUCUGUUAAAACAGCCCAUAUUUUGCGAGGCCCCCACUGGUUUCCCCGCAAAAUCAUGUCUAAGGAACGAGCGCAGAAAUUCCAUACUGAUGACGUGUCAGUAUGGAAUUUUUGUUGUCGUUCUUCAGACUUCAAUUCACAGGGAAACAAGGGGUGGUCUCGCAAAAUGUGGGCUAUUUUCACAGACUAUUUUGUUUUGCGGGUUUUUUCUCUGUCCAUGAGAUAGGCUAAGACCACUUUUCCUUAACUGAGGUCAAAAGAAAAUCCUGAAAAUUUUUAUUAUUUUUGCUGAAAUUUCAGGUUCAUUGACUCAUUCAGUCCCAGGCUGCCCGUGUUCCAAACCAAGUUCUCCCCAGUGCUCUCCUCAGUUGUCUCGGUCUUCAUUGUUUUCCGGUCCCUCGCGGCGAGGANCUCUGUCCAUGAGAUAGGCUAAGACCACUUUUCCUUAACUGAGGUCAAAAGAAAAUCCUGAAAAUUUUUAUUAUUUUUGCUGAAAUUUCAGGUUCAUUGACUCAUUCAGUCCCAGGCUGCCCGUGUUCCAAACCAAGUUCUCCCCAGUGCUCUCCUCAGUUGUCUCGGUCUUCAUUGUUUUCCGGUCCCUCGCGGCGAGGAGCGGGAGUCAUGUACACUGGAGACACUUCGAUGCGCGUACAUGAAUGUUGCUGCUGUUGCUGUAAUGAGGAUCUUCUCAAGCUACAGGUUACUGGACUCGUUCUAUGUUUGAGAUGUUGAACAACUUGAAGACAGAAACAAAAAGGGAAAGAAACUAAGAAAAUGCUACAAUCUUAGACAAAACUGUUGAGAAAAGUGCAAACUUGGGGGGCAUUUCUUCUAAACUUCGUAGCCGACCGAUUCUUCCCUCCCCCCUCCCCCCUCCCCCCUCCCCCUGGAAGCAGUGUUGUUGGGUCUUCAAAAGAAAGCCGGAUCCCAAAGCAUUUGUAGGAAGCAACUUUGAACUGGGGGAGGGGGUUUUCUUAUCAAAUUAUCAAAUGUUAGAAAUUUUAUAAUUUAGCGAUCGGUAGAGGGCUUUAUCCCCUUCCACGGAAAUAAGCGUGCUAACUUUUGUGGUUAAAAAAAGCCGUUGAUUUGGAAAUAGUUUUGUUGCGUUAGGUAGUGCGCAUUAAUGAAAACAUUUUCUCAAGUAGUUUUCUCCAGGAUUGUAGACAGGUUUCUUGCUAUGUUUAUUUACCAAAAGUGAUGACAGUUUCAACCCCCUUCUCUGGAGUCUCUGGAGUCAAACUAAGGUGUUUCUCGUGCCUAAUUAAGUUAUUUGGGGAUCAUAAAAUUAUCUACAUAACACUUGUUUUGUUAUUCGUCGUGUGACUUGGGUAUAAUAGAGAGCUUUUGAUUCUAAGACGAGGACGACUUUUCCCAAUACUAAGUAUUGCGCGCGCGAACCAACAUCAUUUUGGCGGGAAAAUAAGGUAGCCGUCGUCAUCCUACCACGAUUUUUAGCGAGAAUGUCGUAGUAGCGAAAACAAGUUAUCAAAUGUUAGAAAUUUUAUAAUUUAGCGAUCGGUAGAGGGCUUUAUCCCCUUCCACGGAAAUAAGCGUGCUAACUUUUGUGGUUAAAAAAGGUACAAUGAAGCUUUGGGGGUGUCUAUUUUUAGAGAAUCGGCGAGAAAACUUGUAUUAAAUUUCGUCCUUCGUUGUCGUCCUCCUCCUCGAAACUAAAGCUCUCUAAUAAGAUUAAUCCCAGCGAGAGUUAUCUAACAUGAUGAAGUAUUUUUUUUGUCCUCAGGCUCUUCUUUGUUCCAAGUUUGUCAGCAGCGACGUAUGUGAUUUUGUUUUAAGAAGAAUUGAGGAUCAGAAGAUGAAAGACAUGACGUCUAUAUUUCUUCUUUGUCUUCCUCAUGUGAACAGAUAUACUGAGGUAAGAAGGACUUCUUUACUUGUAACUGCCAAGAUUAUCGGAGAUCAAAGCUAGAGAAAAUCGCCCAAUCUUAUUUUUAAGUACUGAGAAAAAUUAGUUCUACUAUGUGAAAGUAUUCCUGAAAGGGUUUCAAAGCCACGCCACUUGAUUGCGUGUAGUGACACAAAUGGGGAGAACUCCAGUAUGGCCUCAAAAACUGCCCAUGGCGAUAAAGGCUUAUCAUAAAAUAGUAAGUUUACGCAAAGGCGUUCUAGAGCAAAAUACGUCAACCGGAAGUGAAAUAUUUUCCCUUUUAAUAUGCCUUGUGGUGCUAAGUGUCUUUACUGCAGUAUUGAGACUAUUUGCCCCAAAAUCUGGCCAUUGCCACUGCCCAAAAAUGCAAACAUAUCACUUCCGGUUGACUUGUGUCGUUCAGAACCGCCUUUGCUUAAGCUUCUUAUUACCCCUAGAAUGCGUUUUAUGUGGUGCAGUCUCAGGCGAAGUGACUAAUAUGACGUCACCUCCACACAUUCUCUUUUUACAUUAAGAACAUAGCGACUCGGUGGGUACGUAGAAUAAAUCUUAACUUCAACUAUUUUUCUGGCACAGGCUGUUGCUGUCAUUUUGGAGGAUUUUCCUGNACUGCCAAGAUUAUCGGAGAUCAAAGCUAGAGAAAAUCGCCCAAUCUUAUUUUUAAGUACUGAGAAAAAUUAGUACUACUAUGUGAAAGUAUUCCUGAAAGGGUUUCAAAGCCACGCCACUUGAUUGCGUGUAGUGACACAAAUGGGGAGAACUCCAGUAUGGCCUCAAAAACUGCCCAUGGCGAUAAAGGCUUAUCAUAAAAUAGUAAGUUUACGCAAAGGCGUUCUAGAGCAAAAUACGUCAACCGGAAGUGAAAUAUUUUCCCUUUUAAUAUGCCUUGUGGUGCUAAGUGUCUUUACUGCAGUAUUGAGACUAUUUGCCCCAAAAUCUGGCCAUUGCCACUGCCCAAAAAUGCAAACAUAUCACUUCCGGUUGACUUGUGUCGUUCAGAACCGCCUUUGCUUAAGCUUCUUAUUACCCCUAGAAUGCGUUUUAUGUGGUGCAGUCUCAGGCGAAGUGACUAAUAUGACGUCACCUCCACACAUUCUCUUUUUACAUUAAGAACAUAGCGACUCGGUGGGUACGUAGAAUAAAUCUUAACUUCAACUAUUUUUCUGGCACAGGCUGUUGCUGUCAUUUUGGAGGAUUUUCCUGAAAUAAUAUUACCUUAUGCAGACACUUAUUUCGAUCAAGAUGUUGAGAAGGUUGGUACAGUUUGUUUCUAUUGGUAACGUUUCCGCACAAGAGCUCAUGAUCCAAAAAUAGCCCCGCUAGACCCAACCCUAGUCCUCAGUCCAUAGGCGUUCUCUCUUCUCCUGUUUUCCGCUGAAAGACUGGGAAACUGAGAGUGGUGGUGAUGUUUUUGAUAACGUCACGGCUUUCUCCCUGAAUCGUUUCGUUCAAAGUUGAACCUGACUUGCAGUGUUAAGUAUUUGUUGUUCGUGAAGCUAUUUUCAGAAUACUGUUUAUUUUCCAGUGGUCUCAUCUCCUGAAAACGAUACUUGACUUAUGCAAAGAAGGACCAAACAGCGAUGAUUCUGAAUUCAAGAAAGAGUCCAUUGUUGCUGUUCUUAGAGGUACUAGUUCCACAAUAGAUUUACUGCUCUUUCACUAAUUUAAUUUUGUGGUAAUGCGCAAUUUACGGCAAGAGAGAAUUCUCUGUUGUUUCCGGCUAAUUUGCUCGUGCUUGCCAAAAAAUGAAUUCAAAGGUCUUGUAAGCGAUCGUCUGAAAACUUAGAAAAGUCAACGGAACUGGAGCUUGUAGCUCGCAUGAUUGUAGGCUUUGUCUGCGCAAGUCUGUUUCAGUCUGUUAGCGUUCACAAAGUCACGCUUGUAGGGCCUUCGUCCACUGAACGUGUGAAAGAUGCAAGCAAUCUCGUACACCCUCAUACACCUGCCUUCGUUUCGCACGUUGGUCACGAACAAAGGCGAGCAUGAAAAGCUAUUGACUGGUGACCAUUGGCAAGGGACCACGGAAGCUAGAAGAGAUAAGAGAGGAACCUACUUUCACCCUACCCGCUCUGCUUUGCGCGCAAAUUUACUGGUGAGAGAGAGGUCUGGAAACAGGACAGUUUCUACAUGGUCACCAGACUAGAUAACGUGUGUAAAGGGAUAAAUCUCGUUCUCGUGUGAACAGCGUUAAACGCAUAAUUUUGCUCGCCUUACUAAUAUUUAUAAACAGGAUCAAUUAUUAGUCUAGUGAAAAUAUCAUUGAUUUAUUGAUUCAUUCUCUGCUCAACGCAGACUCCGUUUUAGCUUAUACCACGGAGAAUUUUGGUAUGCUUUUAAUGUGCUUUGCUAUUUUCCCUUCCUUUUCAGGAACGCUUCAGCAACUGUGCACAAUCGUCACACCGAAUGAGUUCCUAGCUUUGCUUCCUAAUGACGGAUGUAUCGGUUUCUUUUUGCCAUAUCUUCAACAAUGCUACAGUCGCUGUGCAUCUGACUUGGUUAACAAAAGACUGGUGACGAGAACAAGGCAACUGACCAGUUAG